AUCGAUAUCUCAAUUCGAGACUAACUUCACACGUAUUUACCACGUGCACUCCGCAUUUGUGACAGAAUCGCUUUAUUUAUUGAAUAUUUAUUUAAAAAACGUAAUUUUGACGACAAAACGUGAUUAAAAAUGCCUAAAGUACGAAGGGAGAAGAAUUCACGGAUUCAUAAAGAUGUCGCCAAGCAGGGAAUAAUGUUCAAUAAGGACUUCGGUCAGCACAUUCUGAAAAAUCCCAUGAUAAUUCAAACAAUGGUGGAAAAAGCGGCGAUGCGACCAACAGAUGUAGUUUUGGAAAUUGGUCCAGGUACAGGAAACAUGACAGUAAAAAUGUUGGAAAAAGCGAAAAAAGUAAUAGCUUGUGAAGUCGAUCCAAGAAUGGUUGCCGAAUUACAAAAGCGAGUUCAAGGUACUCCACUGCAAUCGAAACUUCAAAUUAUGAUUGGCGAUGUUCUGAAAACUCAAUUACCAUUCUUUGAUCUCUGCGUUGCUAAUAUUCCCUAUCAAAUUUCAUCGCCCUUGGUAUUUAAAUUAUUACUUCACCGGCCAUUUUUCAGAUGUGCGGUUCUCAUGUUCCAGAGAGAAUUUGCCGAGCGACUGGUUGCAAAACCAGGGGACAAGGUCUAUUGCCGACUCAGUAUAAAUACACAAUUAUUAGCGAGAGUUGAUAUGUUGAUGAAAGUGGGAAAAAAUAAUUUUAGACCACCACCAAAGGUAGAAUCGAAUGUUGUUCGAAUUGAACCAAGAAAUCCACCACCACCUAUAGAUUAUAGAGAAUGGGAUGGUCUCACUAGAAUUGCUUUUGUUCGGAAAAAUAAAACACUCGCUGCUGCUUUCAAACAGUCGACUGUUCUCGCAGUGUUGGAAAAGAAUUAUAAAAUCCACUGCAGUUUACAAAAUAAGACACUUCCAGAAAACUUUGAUAUGAAAGAAUUGGUAAUGGACGUUUUGAAAGAAGCAAAAGCGGAAGAAAAUCGAGCUAGAACAAUGGAUAUUGAUGACUUUAAAGAAUUGCUGUAUCAAUUCAACCUUAAAGGAAUUCAUUUUGCCUAGACAUAAAUUAAUAAUAGGAAAUUUGUUCUUUUUUCUAAUUCUUAUAUAAAAUGUAUAUAUAUAUAAAUUUGUACAAAAAUGCAAUUUUGUAAUAAUUGCAAAAAAAAAAAUAUAUUUAUAAAUAUAAAAAGUGUAUUAAAAUAAAAAACAAACAAAUCUUGUUCUUUUUUUUUAAUAUUUAUUACAUAAUUAUAUGAUUAAAACGCGGAAGAAAGUAUUGAAAAUAAAUGUAAAUUCGCAACAAUACAGAAUAUGAAUGCAAUAAUUGCUUAUAUUAUAAUGUAGAAACGAUUUGUUUUUUUUUUUUUUUUUGUUUUCACCCUCACGAAUAAUGCACAUUGCAGUAAUAUGAAAUCUUGACGCUUACUUAUCAUUUUAUUCUACAAACAGUAAGUCAAAAUUUUCGAUUUACACUGUACACAAUUUUCUGAUACUGCAGAAACGAAAAAAAAAAUAGAAAAAAAAAAAAUAAUAUACUA